AUGGAUAGAAAGUGCAAGCUCAAGGUUGCCGAGCUGGGCGAGACUUAUGACACCCACGCCGGGCAUAUCGAACAAGUCACGACAGUCUUCCGCACCUGGAAACCGGCGUGCCUGGGCAUGUUUACCAACAACGAUCCUGAUCGUCUGUUUGUGCAAUGGAGCAUGGACCCAGACAAUGCCAACAGCAAACAGGACUGCAAGAAUGCGCGCUAUGUCAUCCCAGACAAGUCUCCGCAAGUCUUUGAUAGGUGUUGCGAGAGAAUCUCAGAACACUCCACAAAACUUCAGAACACUCUACCAAACCUCAGAACGCUCUACCAAAUCCCAGAACACUCCAUCAAUAUGUGUGUGUUUGAGCUCUGCGUGGAACGAUGCCUCUGCAAAGACCGCAAGUGCAAGCUCAAGGUCACUGAACUAGGUGAAAAUGAGAAUACCUACCGAGGACAUAUCGUGAAGGUAAUAACAUGCUUCCGCAAGGGUCCGACGUGCAUGGGCAUGUUUACCAACACCAGCCAUGACCGUCCCUCGUGA